CCCCCUCCCCCUGCGGCUCGGAAGCCCCGAGGGCCCCGGAGCCAUGCAAGCAGCCACCGCCUCCAUCCUCGACGUGUCGAGAACGGUGGUGAUCCGCGAGGAGGGAACCCAACGGCGAAACGAAUCCGCGGGACAGUGCAGCCAGAUAUUUCCUCCUCAUUUUGGCUCAUCACAGAUAAUCUACGGAAAUGGUACCACUAUUGGCUCUGUAAUUACAUUUCAUUGUUCUGAAGAGCAUCAGCUGAUUGGUCACGGAGUUGUGACAUGCAUUUGGAAAGAAAAUGCUACACAAUGGACAGCUGACACUCCUUCAUGUAUGCCCAUCUCCAAAUAUGAUACCUUUGGAUUUAAAGUUGCUGUGAUUUCUUCCAUUGUGAGCUGUGCCAUUAUUCUCCUGAUGUCGAUGGCUUUUGUCACCUGUUGUCUUAUCAACUGUAUUAAGAAAAGUGAAAGAAGAAGGGCUCAAAGGGAUAUGCAGUUCUGGUACCAGCUGAGAAGUGAAGAGCUAGAAAACAUGCAAACAGCUUACUUUGGUUUGAAAGGCAGGAAUAACAACAACAACAACAAAAAUAUUAAAAUCCAGGCAGAAUCUGAUGAUGGUAGUAAUGUGGUGUAUGACAACCAAGGCUUCUGCAGCUUCAAAGAGGAUUGGAUUAGAGACAUGGCACAAACACGCUGUUCUGGAGAAUACGACUUACAAAAUAAAUCAGCUAGAACUAGUAAUGCACUUGGUAAACAUUUGGUCCCUGGACAUAAUGGUGGUGUACAGAGGAUCCAUACAGUACAUGCAGCAGCCGUCUACGGGCAGGAUAAAGAUAUACUUGGAAAACUGCAUACUCACUUACCUGGAUAAACAGCCUCAACUGUUAAAAGGACCAAAGGAAAUUGUGAAUACACAUGCUUACUGAAUGUGCCUUAAAAACAACAUUAAAAUAAAUGUCUGUCUCUUAUAUAUCUGUUGCGGUAAAUGUCUGACUAUAGCUAUAAUUUAGCAAAUUGCCCAAAAUAUGGAAAACUAAAUUCAGUUUCACAAAAAAGCAAAAUAAAAUGCAUUUUUGACAUUUACCAGGGCAGCGCAUGCUUAAAAAACAAUUAGGAAGAAAUUACUUGGAUUUGCACAAGCACAGCACCCCCUUUCAUUAAAGAAGCACAAUUUUAUUCCAUGUGAGCUUCAGUAAAAGGCUGCUGGUGCUUUAAUGAAUGUGACAGAGGCUGUACUCUGUUCCAAGGCACUUUGGAAUUAUUUUUAAUGUUUGUCCAUACCUGCAAUUUCAUAUCAAGCUACCAUUUCGACACUUUGCUUAAAAAAUUAAAAAGGGAUGACAUCAAGGAAGGAAUUGUAUGUUGUUUUAAUAUGUGCUUCAAUGUUGGAUCUUAACAGUUUGUACCUUUUCUGCAUGUGACCAUCCUGAUGAUAGUGAGGAUGAAUUCUAACUGCAAAUUUAGUUUACCUUCUCUUUAUAUAUAUAUCAAAAAAGAAAAAUGUAUUUUUUCACAAGAAGAUGAAAUUAAAAUAAAUAAAUAUAUAUUUUAAUGAGAAAUUGGUCAAGCAAACAUGUUGGUUCAGUGUCCAGGUUGCAUUAUAAUCUUCU